AUGGACUCUACGCAAGAGUACCCUCUGGCAGCUGGCCUGCUCGCGACUCUAGCUACCACCAUCGCUUCGACACCAACACCCUUUCCGAGCCCCACGUCGCCGCCGCAUUCCCUACCGUCCUUAUACUCGGACCUUGGACAUGAUCACGGUGAUGAAGGGGACAAGGAGUAUGAGUGGUCGUCGCUGAUCGGAAUCAUCACUGCUUUGGCUGGGAACGUGUUGAUCUCGUUGGCCCUUAAUAUCCAGCGCUACGCCCACAUUCGGAUAGAGAAAGAAUGGGAACACGAGAAGCAACAACAGGAGCUGAGUUGGAAGCGGACUCAUCGGCGGGGGAUCUCAGGGAGCUCCUACGGCGCCGUCGACGAAGAUAGACAGGCUUCAGAGGAACGCUACGAGGAUAACCCCUCAGGUCACUCCGGACGUUACCGAGACGAUGAUUCGAUUCAAGAAGACCAAUUACGGGAUUCUACCGUGUCAGAGAGGACUGCGCAGCCCGAGAAUGGCUCGCCCAAAGGGAGACGGAAGUCUUAUCUGCGUUCCCCGUAUUGGUGGGCGGGAAUAAUUCUGAUGACGCUCGGCGAAACUGGCAAUUUCAUGGCGUAUGGUUUUGCUCCGGCUUCGAUUGUUUCGCCUUUGGGAGUUGUGGCUUUGAUCUCGAACUGCGUUAUUGCGCCAUUCUUGCUGAAGGAAAAGUUCCGGAAGAGGGACUUUUGGGGUGUCAUUGUCGCCAUCGCGGGGGCGGUGGUGGUUGUUCUCAGUGCUAAAUCAUCAGAAGAGAAGAUCGGACCUCAUGAUAUCUGGGUGAUGAUCACGCGCUGGGAAUUUGAGCUCUACUUGGGCAUCACUGCUGGGCUUAUCGCUGUUCUGAUGUGGGCAAGCGGCAAAUAUGGAUCGCGGUCAAUUCUGAUAGAUGUUGGGCUGGUCGGGUUGUUUGGUGGAUAUACUGCUCUUUCGACAAAGGGUGUUUCUUCUCUGCUGUCGUUUACUUUGUGGCAUGUUAUCACAUUCCCAAUUACCUACCUGUUGGCGUUCGUUCUUGUCUUUAGCGCCCUGAUGCAGAUAAGGUACAUCAAUAGGGCCUUGCAGCGGUUUGAUUCUACACAAGUGAUUCCGACACAAUUUGUCCUUUUUACCCUAUCCGUGAUCAUUGGUAGCGCCGUCCUUUACCAAGAUUUCAAGGCCUACACGCCUGCCCGAGCAGGAAAAUUUGUGGGUGGAUGUCUUCUCACCUUUCUGGGUGUAUACUUUAUCACUAGCGGCCGCGUUCGCGCCGACGACGAGUCCUCCUAUUCUACAGACGAGGAAGAGGCUAUCGGGCUUCUGACUGGCGAGCGGUAUCAGGACCGACUUGAUCUGUCCCCUCCCUUGCAAGCUCAAACGAAGAACGGGCCGCGACCCAGAAGCCCGGAUCUCCCAGACGGCCCACUCCAGUCACCUUCAGGGUCACUUUUAAGUGCGGGCCUCGAAGACCUCGGCGAUAACCAGAGUACCCCGCGAGCGGGCUUAUCCGCCGCGUCCCCCUCGCCGGCUCGCUCGCUAGCUGCUGAUUCUCUGGAGGAGCCUUCUCCAGGAACUCCUUCCCAGCCUUCGUCUCUACUAAGGAACCCCUGGGCCGAUACCUUUGAGCGGACGGCGUCUGAUUCGGAGAUUGAACGGCCAGUUACUCCCCCAGAACAGUCCCUGCAAAAAGCAGCAAGCUCCACUGUGCUUCUUCGUUUCCCCCCUGCCCCCGAUGCGGAUAGCACCGGUGCGGUAGAUGGUCCAGCGAACAAUCCCCGAAACAACACUGUUCCGCAGACACCGCCGCGGAGACCGCGAAAUUCCAUUUCUGCACACUUCUCCCCAGGUCCAUUGUUUUCCACCCUAUCUGGCGGAUUCAGCGCCGUGGUUGCCGACUCAAUCCGCCGCAAUGAAAUAAGCCCUGCGAAAGAACGACGAACGCCGAGGCUACGCGGUCGAAAGAAGAAUCCGAGUGCGUCUGUCCUUGAUAACAUCUUAAGGGACGGUGACGCCGCGGGCGAGGAGGUCAACCAGGACUUGGAUGCUACCCCUUGGGACGCAGCGCCUCGUUCUUCUACUAUCACUGCCCCAGCGGACUCUUCAGAAGGCAUCAUCACCGCUCCUGUGAGCGCAGGGCAUUCCACGCCUGGCCUCGAUGGUGGGGAAAUUGCUCGCAAUCAUUCGGACGAUGUCACGACGGUUUCGCGUCUGCGCGGUUUGAGCGAUACUUGGAGAAAGACUGUACCAUGGCUGGGAGGCGUCCUGCAGAAACGAAAAGAGAAUCAGGAAGAGUCCAGUGAAACCCAGGCUGCCGAGAGGACCUCGGGCGAGGCUAGCCACCCAGAGUCUGGAGGUAGUAAUCCCUGA